ACUCUUCUGAGGAAACACAUAACCACUGAGGUUAAGGGCUUCUGACAAUCACCAAACAAGUAAAAAGGUUAAAAAAGGCUGUCUUUCAUGUCCACACCCUCUGUGAAGGGGGUAUAAAGACUCCCCAGAAGAAGGAGACCCACAUGCUCUGACAACUUGAACUCUGCUUCAGUUGGGCACCUCGCUCCCUCCCAGCACCAUGCCGUACACCUGCUUCCUGCCCAACCUGAGCUGCCGCACCAGCGUCUCUUCCCGGCCCUGUGUGCCCCCCAGCUGCCACAGCAGCACCCUGCCUGGGGCCUGCAACAUCCCUGCCAAUGUGGGCAGCUGUGGCUGGCUCUGCGAGGGCUCCUUCAACGGCAACGAGAAGGAGACCAUGCAGUUCCUGAAUGACCGCCUGGCCAACUACCUGGAGAAGGUGCGCCAGCUGGAGCGGGACAACGCCGAGCUGGAGGGCCGCAUCCAUGAGCGGUGCCAGCAGCCGGAGCCCGAUGUGUGCCCGAACUACCAGUCCUACUUCCGGACCAUUGAGGAGCUACAGCAGAAGAUCCUGUGCAGCAAGGCUGAGAACGCCAGGCUGGUGGUGCAGAUUGACAACGCCAAGCUGGCUGCUGAUGACUUUAGGACCAAGUAUGAGACAGAGCUGUCCCUGCGGCAGCUGGUAGAGGCCGACAUCAAUGGCCUGCGCAGGAUCCUGGACGAGCUGACCCUGUGCAAGGCUGACCUGGAGGCCCAGGUGGAGUCCCUGAAGGAGGAGCUGAUAUGCCUCAAGCAGAACCAUGAGCAGGAAGUCAACACCCUGCGCUGCCAGAUUGGCCAGGGCCUCAAUGUGGAGGUGGAUGCUGCCCCCACCGUGGACCUGAACCGUGUGCUGAAUGAGACCAGGUCUCAAUAUGAGGCCCUGGUGGAAACCAACCGCAGGGAUGUGGAGGAAUGGUUCAUUACACAGACUGAGGAGCUGAACAAGCAGGUGGUGUCCAGCUCGGAGCAGCUGCAGUCCUACCAGUCAGAGAUCAUUGAACUGAGACGCACGGUCAAUGCCCUGGAGGUCGAGCUGCAGGCCCAGCACAACCUGAGAGACUCUCUGGAAAACACACUGACAGAGACCGAGGCCCGCUAUAGCGCCCAGCUGUCCCAGGUACAGUACAUGAUCACUAACGUGGAGUCCCAGCUGGCUGAGAUCCGGUCUGACCUGGAGCGGCAGAACCAGGAGUACCAGGUGCUGCUGGAUGUCAGGGCCAGGCUGGAGUGUGAGAUCAACACUUACCGGGGCCUGCUGGAGAGCGAGGACUGCAAGCUGCCCUGCAACCCCUGUGCCACUACCAAUGCAUGUGAAAAGGCCAUUGGACCCUGUGUCUCCAGUUCCUGUGGCCCCUGUGGUCCACGUGUCCGAUACGGGCCUUGCAACACCUUUGUGCGCUGAAGGCCUCAUUGCCAGCAGGAGGAGAAGGGCUUCAGAGAUCCAUUUCAACUCUGCUUCAUCCGAACAUCUCCGACCGCACUCACACUGUGGAUAAAGGCAGAAAUCUACACUAUCAGGCUCCUGAAGUUGGCUCUAGGCUUCCACUGAAUUCCCUAGCUUGAUCCUUUCUCACAAGAACCUGCAAGAUCUACCUACAGGCUCAAUCAGUCUUUUGAGCCAUAUAGAGAAACCUGUAACAGGAUCAAAUAAUAUCUAUUUAUAACAACACAUUUUAAUAACAUGUUAUACUUUAGCAAAUACUUAUCUAAAUGUGAUUUUAAAAUAAUUACAUUAAAUGCGAUAGAGCUGCCAGGCACUCUGCAUAUUAGAACAUAAUUAGAACAAAUCUUCCUUGUCACUCUUUUGGCCUUUGGAGAUGUAAUGAACACCCUUUGUUAAACUCCUAAUAAACUCUUAUUCUGGCAAAAAAAAAAUAAUAAUGCUGAUUUCCAUUCAUUAAUUCCAAAAUUGGUUGUCUUGAAUAAACAAAAAGGAACCAGUG